AUGUCCUGUAACCGCACGUCCAGCGAGACUUUGGAAUACCUGCUGCUGAAUGGGAGCAGCGCGCGGGACUCGGGGGCCGCGCCCGCAGCCGCGCCCCUCCGCGUGUGCUUGGCGGUGAUCAUGCUGCUGAUGAUCGCGGUGGGAUUUCUCGGCAACUCCGUCGUCUGCAUCAUCGUGUAUCAGAGGCCGGCCAUGCGCUCCGCCAUCAACCUGCUGCUGGCCACGCUGGCCUUCUCCGACAUCAUGCUGUCCCUGUGCUGCAUGCCCUUCACCGCCGUCACCCUCAUCACCGUCCACUGGCACUUUGGGGACUACUUUUGCCGGCUCUCAGCCACGCUGUACUGGUUCUUUGUCCUGGAGGGUGUGGCCAUCCUGCUCAUCAUCAGCGUGGACCGCUUUCUCAUCAUCGUCCAGCGCCAGGACAAGCUGAACCCCCGGAGGGCCAAGGUGAUCAUCGCCGCGUCCUGGGCGCUGUCCUUCUGCGUCUCGGCCCCCUCGCUGGCGGGCUGGACCAUCGUGGAGGUGCCGGCGCGGGCCCCGCAGUGCGUGCUGGGCUACACCGAGUUCCCGGCCGGCCGCGCCUACGUGGUGACGCUGGUGGUGGCCGUGUUCUUCGUGCCCUUCGGCGUCAUGCUGUGCUCCUACCUGUGCAUCUUGCACACGGUGCGGAAGAACACCGUCCGCGUCCACAACCAGUCUGACAGCCUGGACCUCAGACAGCUCACCAGGGCCGGCCUGAGGCGGCUGCAGCGGCAGCAGCAGGUCAGCUUGGACUUAAGUUUCAAAACCAAGGCCUUCACCACCAUCCUCAUCCUCUUCGUGGGCUUCUCGCUGUGCUGGCUGCCACACUCGGUCUACAGCCUCCUGUCCGUGUUCAGCAGGAGGUUCUACUGCAGCCCCUCCUUCUAUACCACCAGCUCCUGCAUCCUGUGGCUCAGCUACACCAAGUCUGUCUUCAACCCCAUCGUCUACUGCUGGAGGAUCAAAAAGUUCCGCGAGGCCUGCAUAGAGCUGCUGCCCCAGACCUUCCAAAUCCUCCCCAGAGUGCCCGAGCGCAUCCGCCGCAGAAUCCAGCCAAGCGCCGUCUACACGUGCAACGAAAACCAGUCCGCUGUCUAG